GAAAAUGACAUUUUAGUACCAAGACUGAGAAGGACUAAAAGUAUCAUGAUGAAAGACAUGGAUCUUCAAGAUUCUGGGGAGCUCUUUGAUUCUACACCAGAGAGUUCAGAUAAUUAUGUUCCAGAUACCACUUCCGACAGUGACAGUGAUGUUAGCCUUACACUGAACCCAACAAAACGUCAGCUUCUUGAUGAACUGGAUAUGAAUGAAUCUGCCUCUGUAAGCUUCCCUGACUGUGACACAACAACGUCAGACAAAAUGCACAGCCUUACAUCUAAAGCAUCUGGAACAGUAGAAGAGCCCAGUUCAAGUCAGAACACAAUAGACUGCGUAGUUGUUAAUGCAUACCAAAAAAGAGAUGGCGGUAGAGUGUAUAACAAGAGACAUUACUGCUUGUAUUGCUCCAAACCUUACGCUAAGAUGGCAAGGCAUCUAGAAAGUUCACAUGCAAAUACAUCUGAUGUGGCUAGAGCUCUAAGCUUUCCAAAAGGUUCAAAAGAGAGAAAAAACAGCUGGAUUAUAUUCGCAACAAAGGGAACUAUGCCCACAAUGCUGCUGUUAUGGAAUCAGGAAAUGGGGAACUGGUGCCAUUUAAACGACCACCUAAAAAGCACAGGGAGAGGAUUUCAUGCAUUGUGCGUACUGUCAAGGACUUUUUACAAGAAAGGUCCUGUGGCGUCAUAUGCGUUCUUGUAG